AUGCAAUCCCUACUCCAAUUCAGACGCAUGGGCCAGACCGUGCAGGCGCAAGUCCAGCGCGACCUCGAAAAGGCCCAGCACAUAACCAUUCGGCCCCAGCCAGCAGUAACUGAGACACAAACAGCCACUCCAGAGCCGCGCCCGCAGUCUUCGCACUCGGAAAUCCAGCAGCAGGCGGACCAGCGAGAGGAAGAGGAGAAAGAGCAAAAAGAAAAAGAGAAUGCUCUCGAACCGACUGCCUCCAAUGACUCCUCAUCCUCUUCCGACAGCUCAGUCUCCUCCGCCGAGGGUGACAAUGUCGACAUCGAACGUGUAGCCACGGCUGCGACUGCGCACACCCAAUACACCGCUAGAGCCGCUCUCGGUCACAGCUUGACCGGCAUCCAUGCUCGAGACCGACGUACGCAUGAGGGCAAGGGCGAGCAAGUGUUUGUGGUAGGAUGGGAAGGCGAGUCCGAUCCUUUGAAUCCUCGCAAUUGGAGCCAUGUUAGACGUAUUGGCGUCACCUUUCAGAUCGCUGCCAUUGCUUUUGUGGUCACUGCUGCUUCGGCCAUUGAUGCAACAAUCCUGCCGCAGGGUGCUGUUGCAUUAGGAGUGAGUGAAGUCACGGAGACUUUGGCGACAGCCAUGUACCUGAUAGGAUUUGGCGUGGGCUCGCUUGUAGCAGGUCCAUUCUCGGAGACAUUUGGCCGAAACAUUGUUUAUAUGGGUUCCUUGAUGGUCUGGAUGAUCUGGAUCAUGGCCUCUGCACUUGCUCCCAACAUUGGAGCUCAGAUCGUCUUUCGUUUUUUGGCUGGCUUCUGCGGAUCCACUCCGCUGGUUUGUGCCGGAGGUUCUAUCUCUGACAUAUACAACCCGAUCGAGAAGACGUAUGGCUUUCCGAUGUUUGCUACCACGGCGUUCGGCGGUCCAAUCCUGGCUCCGGUAAUCGGAAGCUAUAUCGGGCAAUCUAGCCUCAUUAGCUGGAGAUGGUCGGAGUGGAUUAUGCUUAUCACCGGAGCCUUGGUCCUGGUACUUAUUUUGCUCUGCAUGCCGGAGACCUACAGUCCCCUACUCCUGCAGUGGAAAGCCGCACACUUCCGGAGGAUUACUGGAGAUGAUCGUUUCAGGUCCGAGCAUGAAAUUGUGACGGCAACGCUGUUCACGCGACUGAAGGUUGCUCUUACGCGUCCUUUCCUCAUGGCAACGGAGCCCAUCAUCGCGGUGAUGAUGCUUUACUUGACCGUCAUCUACGUUGUCCUUUUUACGUUCUUGGAUGGUUACACUUUCAUCUUCGAAGAAACCUACCACACCUCUCAAGGCCUGGCCAAUGUCAUCUUCGCCGCCAUGUUCGUCGGUAUCUUGCUGGCCCUGAUCAUGGUCCCUAUCGUUUACCGCAAGACUGUCAACGAGCUGGAGCGUGUUCGUGCCAAGGGAGCGACGCACAUCAACCCGGAGAUCCGUCUCUGGUUUGCCAUGCUCGGCGCUGCACCCGCUAUUCCCAUCGGGUUGUUUUGGAUGGGAUGGACCGACUAUGAGAACAUCAGCAUCUGGUCACCCAUCAUCUCGUCGGUGCUGAUCGGCUACGGUAUCAUCGGCAUUUUCCUGAGCGCGUACAUGUACGUCAUCGAUUCGUACGAGAUGUACUCGGCCUCGGCCCUCACGUUUAUUGCGCUAGUACGCUACUUGGCGGCAGGCGGCAUGACGGUUGUGGGCGUGCCGUUUUACAAGAACAUGGGUACGCACUACACUUGCACGAUUCUGGCGUGUAUUGCGGCCGUGUUGGUGCCGACUCCAUAUGUUCUUUACAAGUACGGACACCUUAUUAGGGCUAAGAGCAAGUAUGCAGUAUCCAGGGAGGUAAACUAA